AUGGGGACACCCGCCUUUCCCGACCUGGGGAAGCACUGCUCGGUGACGUCAUGCCAGCAGAUCGACUUCCUUCCCUUCACCUGCGACAAGUGUCGCAUGGUCUUCUGUCUGUCGCAUCGCAUGCCGGCGUCGCACGAGUGCCCGCGUGCGACAGUCGGCGACGCUGUGGUGCUGCUGUGCCCGCUGUGCGCCAAGGCCGUGCGACUGGUGGGCGACGAGGACCCGAAUGUGACGUGGGCGCGACAUGAACGGUCUGGAUGCGAUCCCAGCAACCUGCAAAGGGUGCCAACAGACAUUGUCGGUUUCCUCUCUGCAGGAUGCAAGCAAGCUCUGUUUCCUCCCAACUCCGUCGUUGAGUACCCUUCCUCUUCUCUCACCUCAUCUCAUCAUCUUCCUUUCUGCCCCGCUACAGAGUGGCAAACAAGCGCAGGUGUGCUGCACAGGGCUGCAAGGAGGUGCUCUCACCAGCCGACACCGUCACACCUCACCCUUUCGAUCCUCUCACCUCACCUCCUCACUUCCCCCUUUCUUCCCACGCGCAGAGUGGCCAACAAGCGCCGGUGUGCAGCACAGGGCUGCAAGGAGGUGCUCUCGCCCGCCAAUACCAUCACCUGCCGCGACUGCACCCGCCAAACCUGCCUGCGCCACCGCUUCGGCGCCGACCACGCGUGCUCGGGCAGCCAAAAGAACUCGCAGCCCGUUUCGUUCUGGACAGCUGGUGGGGCGUACAGUGAGAAGCUGAUGGCAGGCGUGCAAGGCGCCAGCUGGUAG